AUGCAGACAUUUGGCCAGCAGCUUCGAGUCAGCGGUAACACGAUGAGCGCGAUGGUGUUCUGGAGUCUUCUGCUUGUCGGAGGCAUCUGGGCUUCUUGGCUCGCCUGGGCCGUCCAAAGCUGGGGGCUUCACUUCUCGACGCGUCUCUCGCGCUCCAACGCCUCCAGCCCGAGCAACGGACGGCCCCCCACGGUCCGGUGCCCGUCGAUGCAGAAAUCUGCGGGCUGUCCCGUCCUACUAGGUCAAGAAGCCUUGGGAUCCAAGGGUUCCUGUCCCGUCAGCGGCACCCAAACCUUUAACUUUAUGAUGGACAUGAACCACGUGCACUUGACUCUGUGGCAGUAUCUCUGGGCCGCCCAUUGCAUUGCUCUGCCAGCCUUUGCUUUGGUGGUAAGCGGAUGGUGCCAGAUCCAGCUGGCUCGGCUGCUGAGCUUCUGCGGCCUGCUCCCAGAGGCAACGGAAGAGAAGGUGCGGCGCAUGAUCUACCACCUGGUCUUGGAAAAUCUGUGCACCGGCGUGGCCCGCAUUGACGACACGGAGGCGGAGGGCCGUGUGGCCACCUUUGUCUACAGCCCCUUCCCGAUGUACGUGGACUGCGACGAUUGCGACUCGAAGGUGCGCUUCGAAGUGAAGAAGAGGAUGGUGGUGAAGUUGAACCUCGACACGGAAGACUUCCUGACUGCGGAGCUUGAUGGAGAGAUCCUGGCCUUGCUACAUCCAUUAUGGAUUCACUAA